AUUUUCACAAGAAAUGACAAGGGAUUCCCAUUUUAAGAGAACCAAACAUCAUCCUUCCUCGGACUCACAACACUCCCGCCCUCUCGUGUCUGCAACAACAUGCCUGACAAUCCAUUGCAGCAUCUCUUUCAAAAAGUCUCAAAUUGCUUCCAAACCCAUUUGGCUAAUUUCACAGGCCAACCUCAGAACCCAUCUUCAUCCACGAGCAAAAACACCAUCUUCUCUCUCUCCCCGCCUUCAUCACAUGUAUCAUCCAAAAUAUACCCAGCAAACAGAGACACUUCCUCUGUCCAGCCUAAAGACGUUCUUAACAAGGGAAAGUCUGCUGCUCCUGUGACUAAAGAAGAGCUUGGAAGAGCUACUUGGACUUUCCUGCACACGCUUGCUGCCCAGUAUCCUGAACAUCCAACUAGACAGCAAAAGAAGGACGUAAAAGAACUGAUGGCAAUUUUAUCUCGGAUGUACCCUUGCCAGGAAUGUGCAGAUCACUUUAAAGAAGUUCUAAGAGUAAAUCCUGUACAGGCCGGAUCUCAUGCUGAGUUCUCGCAAUGGCUGUGCCAUGUGCAUAAUGUAGUUAAUAGAAGCCUUGGUAAACUAGUAUUCCCUUGUGAACGAGUUGAUGCAAGGUGGGGCAAGCUAGAAUGUGAGCAACGUGCAUGUGAUCUACAAGGAACUACAAAUUUCGAUGAAGAUUAAUGUACAUCUGUACUACAGUACUGUAAUUGAAAAACCAUGUUACGAGUUAAUAGGUUAAUACACCUUUGUCAAUAACGGUUCAUGGAAGGAAUAUCCAUUUGAUUUUAUUGGCUCAACUUUUGAUUCA